UUCUAUCCGAGUCUCCUCCGCCGCGGGGCGCGGGGAGUGGCAGGGAAAGCUGAGAAGCCACCGGGGUCGCUGAGCCUGGGGGAUCGUGGAGGAAGGCAGCCACCUCGCAGAAGGGGAGAAGCGCCGGUGCCCAGUCAGCCGUGCCGGGGCAUCUCCGGGAGUCGCUCUCAGCGCUUCCCCUCCAGGGAGGAGCGAGCCUGGGCUACGGCCGCCGCGCCAGCCCGCGCACCUCUGUCCCUGCGCGCAUCGGUGCCCCGCUUGGGGAGCCGGUUUCCCGCACCACGACUGCCCGUCCUCCGCCUUUCUCCAAGCGCCGACCAACAAUGGAUGGCAACUCCCUGCUCUCCGUACCAAGCCAUGUGGGUAGUUGAACCAAACUCUCCUACCUGCCUCUCUGCUGCCCUGCCUGCCAGGAGACACUCGCAGGAAUCCAGCAGCGGCUUGGAGUCAACACUGAUGUGCGAGGUGUCGGAGGCGCAGCAGGGCAGUGGCAGUGGCGGCGCGGGAAGCAGCCUGGGUGGCUCCAUCACGGCCUGUAAGAAGGUUCUCCGCAGCAAUAGCUUGCUGGAGUCCACAGACUACUGGUUGCAGAAUCAGACGACGCCCUGCCAGAUUGGUUUUGUGGAAGACAAGUCUGAAAACUGUGCUUCUGUCUGCUUUGUGAACCUGGAUGUCAACAAGGAUGCAAGCAGCACAGAGCACCUGCAGCAGAAACUGGUCAAUGUUUCUCCAGAUCUUCCAAAACUUAUCAGCUCCAUGAAUGUCCAACAGCCAAAAGAAAAUGAAAUUGUCCUCCUGAGUGGAUUAGCAUCUGGGAAUCUCCAGGCAGAUUUUGAAGUUUCACAGUGCCCUUGGCUGCCAGAUAUCUGCUUGGUCCAAUGUGCGAGAGGGAACAGACCGAACAGCACCAACUGCAUCAUCUUUGAAAUCAACAAAUUCUUGAUUGGUCUGGAACUGGUGCAGGAGCGGCAGCUCCACCUGGAAACGAACAUCCUGAAACUGGAGGAUGACACGAACUGCUCCUUGUCCUCAAUCGAGGAAGACUUUCUCACGGCCUCUGAGCACUUGGAGGAGGAAAGUGAGGUGGAAGAAUACAGGAACGGUUAUGAAAGUAUAAAUGUGUCAGCUAAUGCUUUAGAAAAUAAAAAGCCAAAAGGAGUCACCCCAGAGGAAUGGGAUUACAAGAAAGAAAAGUUGCUUUACGCUUUGGAAGACAAAUGCGUUAGCAAAUAUGCACCUUUGAUUAAAACAGAAGGGUGUCUGGAAAAGGUAGCAGAGAACACAAGCUUGCAGCGUAUAGAACCUUCCACCAAGCCAUCCCCGUGGAAAGGUGAAGCUGUGGGGAAUGAGCAACCAGCUACUGAUUAUUAUUCUGCAGAACAUCUCAAAAAUCAAGUAGAAAAACCCCAGGCACUGUGUAAUCCAAGUGAUGCUUAUUUCUCUAUGAUGGUUAAGAAAGACGGACCUUCUGCAUAUGGUACUGUCACUGAACAGGGCAACAGCCUAGACCCAGGAGAUUACGAAGACCCAAGAAACUCACUUCCUCCUAUCCAAGAUGGAGAAGCCACAACUGGCGAGUAUGCUACUAAUUUAGCAGAAUCUGUGCUGCAAGAUGCAUUUAUCAGAUUAUCUCAGUCUCAGCCUACACCAGCCCAGGAAUCUGCAGUCGGCGCUUCUGUCGGAAGUGCUCUGCUUCCCAGUAGCUGCUCCACAGAAGAUGUAGCGGUCCCUCGGUCAUGGGAUGAGCUCCCCAAAAUCGUCAUCGUACAGAGUCCAGAAGGCAGUGAUGCCACCCCCGAGCCAGGCAUCUCCUCCUGGCCUGAGAUGGAGGUUUCUAUUGAAACCUCAGGUGUCCUCCCUGGAGAGGACCCCAGCAGGCACCCUCAGAGUGCUCUAGAAGUAGCACUUGCCUGUGCAGCCACGGUGAUUGGAACCAUCUCCAGUCCACAGGCCACGGAGAGGUUCACAAUGGAACAGGAAUCCGUCGUAGCAAACUGUGCCCUGGGAGGCAAUGGGGCACUGCAAGGACAGGAAUCUCAAGGACUCAAGGAACCUUCCAUCAGUGAAUACUCCUUUCCAUCUGCUUUGUGUGGCAUGACUCAGGUGGCAAGUGCGGUGGCUGUCUGUGGCUUGGGGGAAAGGGAAGAGGUGCCUUGUCCUGUGAUCCCGAGCAGCCUCUUGCCUGCAGUUGAAGGUCCUGAAGCAAUCCCUCCACUUUGUAGUUCAGCAACAGAGAGGAACGUGGAGGUGGGGAAGGAAGCCAUUGCAGAGGCUUUGCUCACAGAGGCCGCUCUGGUUCUCACUAGGCCUCAGAUCUACAGCAGCAUUGGAGACCUCAUGGAAUCCGUGAACAGGAGCAUCAUGGAAUCUGCUUCCAAGUCUCAGAUGCUGUGCUCAGAAAACUUCCUGAGGAAUGAACUGGCACAGACCCUGUCCAAUGUUAUUCUGAAGCAUUCCUUUGAUGAAGUUCACCAGAAAAAUAAAAUAAUCCACCCCAAUGAUGGCAGGCUUUCAUCUGAAACACUGGAUGCCUUAAUGGAAAGUACAAAUCAACUGCUCCACAAUGUGUUAUGCUGCACGUUCAAGAAGAUGAACCAGAUAGUGCAGCUCGGUCAGUGUCCUGCUGUCCUUUCUAAGGAGACCAUCAUGUGGAGGGAAACGGAACCCCUAAGCUAUCAGCCAUCUGAUCAGGUUGCUGGUCAAGCAUGCACAAAAGACACAGAAUGUACCAGUGACCAUCCACUUAGCAAUGUCACCAAUGAUAUCCUGAACCUGAAGCAAGACCAGUGCCCUGUUGGGACCCCCACACUGGAAUCUGAACUGUCAUGUAGUCACAAAGUGCUGGAUUCUUCAACAGCUCAAACAUCCUCGAAGGAAAUGUAUAUAGAAGGAACAGUGGGAGAAGACACAAAGGACCGUCAUCAGAUACCCAGGUACAACGAGAAGGAACGCAGAGCCUCUUUCCAAGCCGAAAAGGCACUGACAGUGAACAAGUACAGAAGCAGCUCCCAGGAUGCAGAGGACAGUAUCAGUCCAAACACCCACGAGAGGUACAGUUGUGUCACACCCCUAAAUAAUGAAGUUCAAGUUCACCUGUCCUUGUUAGGGGAUGAGUUGGCACUUCCUGCUCAAUCCAUGCUACAAGCAAAGCAGGCAGAGGUCUACUGCAUUACGGACUUUGCCGAAGACUUAGCAGAGACAGUUGUCUCCAUGGCAACUGAAAUCGCAGCAAUCUGCCUUGACAACUCCAAUGGAAAACAGCCCUGGUUUUGUGCUUGGAAAAGAGGGAACGAGUUUCUGAUGACCCCAAACGUAUCCUGCCGACCCUUGAAGAGGAAGAAGGAAAGCCAGGGCAGCAGUAGCAGUGUGAGGAAGCACAAGCCACCCCGGCUCAGUGAGAUCAAGCGGAAAACGGAUGAGCACCCUGAGCUUAAAGAGAAGCUGAUGAACAGGGUGGUGGACGAGUCUGUGAACCUCGAGGACAUCCCUGAUUCGGUUAACAUUUUUGCCAACGAAGUGGCAGCCAAGAUCAUGAGCCUGACGGAGUUCUCCAUGGUGGAUGGCGUGUGGCAAGCCCAGAGCUAUUCCCGGAAUCGGUUACUGGGUGGCGACAGGUGGAACCGGCUGAAGGCCUCCAGUUGUGAAAGCAUCCCGGAGGAGGACUCUGAGGCCAGGGCCUAUGUCAGCAGCCUGGGAUUAUCCAGUACCUUAAGCCAGCCAGUCAGCAGGGCCAGCUCGGUCUCCAAACAGUCGAGCUGCGAGAGCAUCACCGAUGAGUUUUCCAGGUUCAUGGUCAACCAGAUGGAAAACGAAGGGCGAGGAUUUGAGUUGCUACUGGAUUACUAUGCUGGCAAGAAUGCCAGCAGCAUCCUGAGCUCAGCCAUGCAGCAGGCGUGCCGGAAGAACGACCACCUCAGCGUGAGGUCGAGCUGCCCCUCCAAGCAGUCCAGCACGGAGAGCAUCACUGAGGAGUUCUACAGGUACAUGCUGCGGGACAUUGAGAGAGACAGCAAGGACAGCGCCUCCUCCAGGAGAAGCAGCCAGGAUUGGGCCUCGGGCUUACUGUCCCCUUCUGCACGAUCCCCGCUGUGUUACAGACAGUCGUCCGUGCCAGACAGCAGGUCCCCGUGCGCCAGGUUAACGGUGAACGUGCCGGUGAAAGCCAACUCCUUAGAUGGCUUUGCCCAAAACUGCCCACAAGAUUUCCUAAGCGUACAGCCUGUCGGUGGAGCUUCCUCCUCUGGGCUCUGCAAAUCUGACUCUUGCUUGUAUCGAAGAGGUGGGACCGACCAGAUCACAAACAUGUUGAUUCACGAAACGUGGGCAAACUCAAUUGAAGCCCUCAUGCGGAAGAACAAAAUUUUCGUGGAUGAUGCAGAGGCAGCCGAAGCUGGUCCUACUUCCGGGGGCUCUUCCUUGCGAGGGGAAAAGUGUGCAGACAGAGCAGCUGCCAGCAGAGUGCACAGCGGGCCGACUCUGCUUGUGCAGGAGUCUGUUGAUUGCUGGAGGAAGGACUCUGACUCCGAAGGCAGACAUCCCCCAGGAUCUUCUCCAAGCAAAGCCGCUCCUCCUACAAACCACGAUGGCUUAGAUGCUACAAAGGAAACUUCCUCGUGCUGCGACUCUGGCCCUCUAAAUCACACCAGGAGGUCACUUUGCUCAAGGGAUGUGCCUUUGAUUCAGAUUGAAACAGAGCAGAGAGAAGAGUAUGUGGGAGAACCCGACAGCUUCCUAUCCGAAAGUGGCCCCCCACAGGAAGCAGAGGAGCAUCUGAGUCAAGAAAAAGCUGCAGAUGUGGCCAGAGGUGGACACACAGCCAUGAGCACCUGCCAAAACCAGGGUGACGGCCCCGAUGCCAGAGAUGUACCCGGGGCCGAAGCCUCGACGGAAACCAGAGGCCCCGAUGAGUUCCACAACCCUCCCAGCAGCAGCGAGGAGAGUACAGGUAGCUGGUCCCAGCUGGCCAACGAGGAGGACAACCCUGAAGACACGAGCAGCUUUCUGCAGCUCAGCGAGCGGUCCAUGAGCAAUGGCAACAGUAGUGCCACUAGCAGUCUUGGCAUUAUGGAGCUGGACAUUUAUCAGGAAAGCAUACCAUCUUCUCCCAUGAUUAAUGAAUUAGUAGAAGAAAAGGAGAUUCUUAAAGAACAGUCAGAGAGCAUAAAGGCACAGGCAUUGGGAAUGGCAGUGAGAGCCACCGGCCACCAGAGGAGCCUGUUGGUGAUCAACUUCGACCUGGAGCCAGAGUGUCCGGACGCUGAGCUUCGAGCCACACUGCAAUGGAUAGCUGCCUCGGAACUGGGGAUUCCCACAAUCUAUUUUAAGAAAUCUCAGGAAACUCGAAUUGAAAAGUUUCUAGAUGUAGUGCGGCUGGUCCAUCAGAAGUCCUGGAAGGUGGGAGAUAUCUUUCACGCAGUUGUCCAGUACUGCAAGAUGCUUGAGGAGCAAAAAGAGGGGACCCCAAGUCUCUUUGACUGGCUCCUGGAACUAGGAUAAGCAACUUUGCCCUGCGGAGAAUUUCCUUCCUUUAUCCCAACAGAGAUCUCAGUGGUUUCCUCUAAACACUCUGGAUUUUCUCACAACAUCACAUCUCAUUAGCAGAACUCUAAGGAAUGUACUGCUCAAGUCCACUGCACGUGGAAUAAAUUUGAGGGAAAGCGAAGUAAAGAUCUACAGAAAUCAAUACAACCUGUUGGUAUUAUCAGAAGAGCUUGUGUUAGAGGAGCUGGAAGAAACACUCCCGUAGGGCCCAAGUCAGAAAACUCAUGAUCGGGCCCAAGCUCCAGGACAACUGGACUCACACAUGUUCAGUAAUGCAAAAUGAGAUGUCAUGGCUCCCAUUGUAGGAUUCAACUGGAAACAAACUCCCUGGUUAUAAUUAUUUUAUGAACUAUGCUGUAACCUUCACUUUACUUUUCAGAGCAGAUCGAAGGGUCGACAGCCCAAGGAGACACUUAGAAUAUGCAGAAGAAAUGCCCAGACCUUUAUAAAAACAAUUCCCACUUUCAGACCCUUAUCAGUGGAUGUUAACAGGAAUGAAACAGUGUCCUCCCACGGGGGUGAUUUCAUGUACUCACUGCAAUCCACUAAUAAAUAUCCCACUUUCUGCCAACAGUCUCUGGGCUCCUAGCUAAUCAGAAAACUAGUGGCAUUCAACUGGACAGAGGAAGAUUGAAUAUUGCCUUGGUUUCAUCACUGAUUCACUUGGGUAAAACUAGUACAGAAUUAUUACUCUAAGGGAAAGUUUUCUUACUCGAAAGAAAAGGAAAUAGUUCUUUGAGAUAAAAUCUGCUUGUGUUUUGAAUUAUUUGAAAUAUAAACUUUCAAUUUAUUUUUAUUGUAAAUUAUGGAGAGAUCAUUAUCUUAAAUAAUAUAUUGAAUAGUUUAGAGGUCCAAAAACCUUGAAGAGAUUGUCUGAAGUCAUAUAUUGGCACUGAGCUUAGGGUUUAUAUUCUGAAUGUGGAGGGACUUGGAUGGCUGACCUGCUGUUCCAUGACUCUAUAGGGAUGGAGUCGGGUGAUAGACUUGCAUUUGACCUGACCUGGCAGGUAGGAUUUCAGACUUCUGACUCAAUGAUAAUGGCACUCAGUUUGGAAAAAAGGUUUUGUCACAUUUUAAAUAUUUUAAUAACAGAGGUUAACUCUUUUGAAAAUUAAAGGUAUCUAACACCUCCCUAAUAUGUCUUUCCCGCCAACUAAAAAAGCUAUACUAACUUUUACUUUCUUGAUCAAAGAGUUGUUUAUUAUGGAUCUUCUGAAAUACUCUGCUUUUACUGUGUUUUUAAAGAUUGAGAAGUCAUUUUAAAUCUGAACAAGGCCACAUGCCAUCAGGCUGGCCUUCCUGUUCUAGCGCUCACAUCUUAAAAUGCCAAGAAAGCUUCCUAUAAGCCACAUCUUCCCUCAUCCCUGACCCACCAAUGCCAGGAGUCUUGGCAAGUGCUCCCUGGGCAUUUAGGACACAAAUGGUCCAAAUUUAAGUUGUAUGUUUAGUUGGAUACAUUAAUCAAAUUUUAAAAUCCAUCCAUUAUCUCAAGCUGAAGUGUGCUUCUUUGUGCUACUAAAUGGAAAACAAUAGAUUUAUUUUUUAAACAACCCCAGAAUAUUGUAUGUAGAUGUUUUUUGUGCUUGAAUAAAUGUUUACUUAUCCUACAAAGCACAAAUACUGGAUUGUAACCAUGUGAUGAAGUUAUAUAUGUUGUACUGACGUUGCAAACUAAUCAAUAAAUUUGUUUGCCAAACUUCCAAUCCUAUUUUUUUCUCCAAGAGCUCUAAGCAUCUCCUAGAAAAAGUAUUGAUGUGAUUAGAUAAAAGUAUUUGUACCCCUUAGGUAAGUUUUGCUGUCCUGUCUUCAAUUUUU